UACCGAUCAUCUCUCUCUCUCAAGUCUCAAUCUCUUCGACAGAUAAGUAAUUCCUCGCGACGGAUUCACAUCGACCAAUGGGGAUCCUCUCCGUCGCUUCCCCGCCGGCCGCCUCCUCCUCUGCCGCCCGCUGCCGCGCGCACAAGUCCUUUCUCUUCUCCAACUACGUCCUCCUCGGCGCCGCCUCCAGCUGCAUCUUCCUCACCUUCUCCCUCCGCCUGCUCCCCUCAGCCUGCGGCUUCCUCCUCAUCCUUCUCCACGGCUUCACCAUCGCCGCCGCCAUAGCCGGCUGCGGGGCGGCCGCCGCCGCCGCCCCCUCCUCCCGCUGGUACGGCGCACACAUGGUCGCCACCGUGCUCGCCGCCAUCCUCCAGGGCGCCGUGGCCGUCCUCGCCCUCACCCGCACCGCCGACUUCCUCGCCGACGGGCUCAAGUCGUACGUGCGCGAGGAGGACGGCGCGGUGAUUCUGCGGAUGGUCGGGGCCCUCGGCGUGCUAAUCUUCUGCAUGGAGUGGGUGGUCAUGGCGCUCGCCUUCGUGCUCAGGUACUACGCCUACAUUCACGACGGGGCCGGGACCUCCGCCGCCGCGGCCAAGGUGCAGCCGGAAGGGCAGUACGCUGGCGAUUGGCAGCCUUUCCAUGUCUGAAUCGGAGAUAUAUAUAUGCGAUUGUUCUUUAAUUAUCUGCUUUUUAUUUAAAUUAUAUAAAAUGGUUUGUUCAUUAUAAUUAAUAUUUUAUUGUUUUAUAUUAUUUUAAAAUUUUAAUUAUUUACAAAAUGUUUUUUAUUUUAAAUAAAAAUUAUGCAACUAAAUUAUGCAAAAGAGACCAGCCAAAUCAUGGGUCAAUUAAUUGAGGGUUAAAAUGAAAAAAUCUUUCAAACAUAAUGAUAAAGUAGUGAAUAUUAAUAUUAUUACCAAACUAAUUUAUAUAUAAUAUAAAAAAAUAGAUUAAAAGUGUAUUCCUUCUUAACAUAUGUAAUUUUUAUAAAUAUAAUUAAAAUCUAUUGUAAAAUAAAAUAAGGUAAAAGAAACUAAGUUAAUUUAGAGACUUUAUAGGCAAAUCGCUUAGUUGUUGCCGAAUGGAAAUUUUACGGAAUGCCUGACCAUAAUUUUGUAGUCAUCUCGAUUUUUUUAAAAAUAUAAUUCAGGUAUUCAACAAUCAAUUAAUUCGGGCAAAGUAAAAAUUAUGAAAAAAUUCACCUAACUUUUGUCUAUUUUCUUUCCUUUGGCGGUGUGACAUUCUACUUAAUUGUUUGAGUUUGAAAUGUUUCAUUGGAGCAACUUGCUACCAAAAUUUCUGAAAUUUGCCCUUUGUUAUAGUGUUGUAAUAAGAACACCCUUUUUUUUCUACUUGUGUAAUAAGUGAAUAGGUUAUAGUGUUGUUAUAAUAAGAACACCUUUUUUUCUA